AUGGAUAAUGGUACACAGACGCGCUAUGUGAGGAUGCUGCUUGCAUUAGACGACAUCCCAGAGUUGUACAAGUUACUAGCGUCGUUCUUUACCUGGCUAUUACUGGCUGGUUUUAUCCUGUUCCCCGGAACUUUUGCUUCAUGGAAGGAUCAACCAGCUGGAAGCACAGCGAAUCAAAUCGCAGCCAUCAUCAACAACGUACCACUGCUGGUGAUUGCGUGGCUAUGCACAGGCAUCGGAAGCUGCGGGAUGAUCUGGUUGUGGUGGCGAUGGCACGAUAAUUACAUCUGGAUCGUGAACCGAAUCUUUGUCCCUGGUCUUUUGAAUUCCCUUGCGGGAGUAAUCUCAACAUUAACGAACGUUUACGGCACUCAGGGAGGUUUCUUUAGCACGACUGCGAAAUCGACCAUCAUUGUCACAGGAGUCAUAACCAUCAUUUGUGGAAUUUUAGUGUUGGUAUACCAAUUUGGGAUGAUACGAAACCUUCGGAAGGAGCACGAAGCGGUGGUCGGCGUAGAGAAAGCUGGAAAGUAUGGCGAAGGUGUGCUGGGAGAAGCUAAGAGGGAGGUCUAA